AUGCCUGCAAUUGAGAAAGGCUCGACCAUCUUGGUCACUGGCGCCAAUGGCUUCAUCGCUUCCCACAUCGUUGAUCAGCUCAUCCGCUUGGGCUACAAGGUCCGUGGCACCGUAAGAACCGAAGCAAAGGGCAAAUGGGUCCAAGACUAUUUUAACAACAAGUAUGGUAAAGGCAAUCUCGACCUUGUCGUCGUGCCUGCCAUGGAGGUCAAGGGAGCUUUCGAUGACGCCGUCAAGGGCUGCCAGGGAGUUGUUCAUGUCGCUUCCAACAUCUCCUUCUCCAAAAACCCCAACGAUGUCAUUCCCAGUGUUAUUGCUGGCGUCACACACACUCUUGAGGCUGCCGACAAAGAACCCUCGGUCAGGCGAUUCGUCUUCACCUCGUCCUCUACUGCUGCCACCAAUCCCGUGCCGGAUAAAGAGUUCAACAUCGACGAGAACUCGUGGAACCAGCUCGCCAUUGACAAGGCUUGGGCCGAUCCACCCUACACCGAGGCCGACAGAGCUUGGAAUGUCUAUGGCGCAAGCAAGACUCAAGGAGAACAGGCUGUUUGGAAAUAUGUCAAGGAAAACAAUCCUCACUUUGAGUGCAACACCAUUCUGCCCAAUGCAAACUUUGGUCCCAUUCUCGACAAGAGCCAGGACGCAAGCACUGCCGGAUGGGUCAGAGAUAUCUUCACCAAGGGCUUUGCUCCUCAGCUCGAACAAAUCCCACCUCAAUGGUUUGUCAAUGUCCGCGACACCGCACUCCUGCACAUUGCCGCUUUGAUUGACGCCGACAUCACAAACGAACGCGUCUUUGCCUUCGCCGAACCUUACAACUGGAACUCGCUCCUUGCCGCCAUGCGCAAGGCUCGCCCUGAUGCAAAGGUUCCCGAAGACCUCAAAGAUAAUAGCAAGGAUCUGAGCAAGGUCUUGCCUAGAGCUCGUGCCGAGGAGAUCUUGAAGAAGAAUUUUGGUCAGAAUGGCUUUGUUGGCCUCGAAGAAUCGGUCAGACAGAAUAUCGAGUAUCUGUAG